CCUGUUCAUGCAUGAACAUGGAAUGUUGGCAACUGCUUUGCGGGCAGUAAUCUACUCUUGCUGAUACUGCCAUCUAAGAUAUCUCGCACAAUAUAUGUUACUCCCAUGGGCGGAGGCUCGAUGCAUCAAAUGCUGUGUACGACGUACGUGCUCCAUGUUACUGUUUUGUUGGUGCUCGCAGGCUGCUCGUUUAUGUGAAAACCGGUGCAUACCACACACUGCAUUGUGUGCCCACAAUACCUGUCAUAUAUGCGGAGUUCGAGGUAGGGAGGCGAAAGUUAUAUCUUACCCCGGCCUUCAGAAAUGGCCUAGACUCACCGAACGGUGGGUGGUUCGCGGGGGAUCCGCUUCGAAGGCGACAUGAGAAUAUUUUCAACUUCUUGAUGACCCCGCAAAGGGAGAUUCUUCGAUCUAAAAAAAGUCAUUGCGAGUAAAUUCUGCUGCAGAGCAUUGGGGCUGCGCAGAGAAGCGAUUUGGAAUGACCCGGCUGUGCGUCUGCCAGGUAGGUGAGAGCAGAUUCAAGGGCAGAA